GAGAGAGAGAGAGAGAGAGAGAGUCCUCGUCGAGGGGUUUUGCGUGAAGGAAAUUUGCGUUUAGAAGGUUCUCGAUACUGACUGAAUUCUGGAACUUUCUCCAUGGUAACAAAAAAGAACGAGUGGCCUGAUGCAGAUGCAUUGCAGAAAAAGCCGGAGGAUCAGUUCAUACUGUACUACAAAAGUUCUUGCUUCUGUGUGAUCGUCGACUCUUAAGUUCUUAACAACGAGUCAGACUUAACAGUUACGUUAAAAUAGCUUGGGAAUCUAGCUAACAAACGAAUAGGUUACGAAACGGACAUAACUGCAACAAAAGUAUCAAUUGGUUAGGCUAGCUAACUUUAGCUAGGUGCGCAGUUAUUCAACCAGGCGUUCUUUUGAACUUUUGGAUAGUUUUUUUUAUAUUUGCAGUCUGUGGCAAGUUGGAAACACUAUUUGAUUCAGAAUUUACUUCACUGCACGGCAAAUGGUUAUAAUGGGUAAAGAUUACUACAAAGUGUUGGGCAUACAAAAAGGCGCUACCGAGGACGAAAUAAAGAAGGCUUACCGUAAACAAGCUCUACGAUUCCACCCGGACAAAAACAAGUCGCCCGGGGCCGAAGAAACAUUUAAAGAGAUUGCAGAGGCCUACGAUGUUCUAAGUGACCCCAAGAAGAAGGAUGUCUAUGAUCAGUUUGGAGAAGAAGGCCUCAAAGGGAACACCUCCGGCGGAGGCCCCAACGGCACCAACUUCAACUACACCUUCCACGGCAACCCCCACACCAUGUUCACCGAGUUCUUCGGCGGCCGCAACCCCUUCGAGCACAUGUUCGCCCACAACGGCGGCCCGGAGGACGACAUGGACGUGGACGACCCCUUCGCCGGAUUCGGGAUGGGCGGGAUGGGCGGAAUGGGCGGAAUGGGCGGGAUGGGCGGGAUGGGGGGCCUGGGCGGGAUGGGCGGCUUCCCCAGGUUCGGCGCCCGUACGGGCAGCGUGGAGAAGAAGCAGGACCCCGCCGUGGUGCACGAGCUCCGGGUGACCCUGGAGGAGGUGCUGACGGGCUGCACCAAGAAGAUGAAGAUCAACCACCGCCGGCUGAACGCCGACGGCCGCACCACGCGCAGCGAGGACAAGAUCCUCGCCGUGGAGAUCAAGCGCGGCUGGAAGGAGGGCACCAAGAUCACCUUCCCCAAGGAGGGCGACGAGACGGCCACCAACAUCCCCGCCGACGUGGUCUUCGUGGUCAAGGACAAGCCGCACCCCGUGUUCCGCCGCGACGGCUCUGACGUCGUCUACCCCGCCCAGGUGUCGCUGAGAGACUCCCUGUGUGGCUGCACGGUGCAUGCCCGCACGCUGGACGGCAGGACCGUUGCUGUGACGAUGAAGGACGUGAUCAAACCGGGGACGAAGAAGCGGGUACUGGGGGAGGGGCUGCCCCUCCCGAAGCACCCAGAGAAGAGGGGCGACCUGGUGGUGGAGUUCGACAUCAGGUUCCCCGACCGGCUGAGCCAGGCCGCCCGCGAGGCCAUCAGCCAGGUCCUGCCCUCGUCGUAAGCUCGGCCAAUCGCAGUGCCUCGGGACCGGGCCACGCCCAUUUACUCUGCACCUGACAGAAGGGGUUCCACUGUCUCCCACAGUCUUCUGGAGUCAGAGGCAAAAAAAAAAAAAAAAAAAAUGUUUAAUUUCUUUUUUCAGAAAUCUGUUAACGGCACUCCACUGUCUUCUCAACAUUCCUGCAUUAUAGCUGCAAGGUUCAGAGGACACUCGUAUCUCUCAGGCACUGGCCCUAAGAACCACAUUCAUGCAAGGCCGUUACAGGGUUUGUUAGUUUUUUUUUUUCUCUCUUCUUUUUGCUGUCUGCAAUAUGUGAACUUUGAAAUUGACCAUAUGCAAAUAUUCAGGUUCAGGUUUGGAAGUGAAGCUGUUCUUUUUUUUGGUGACUUUGAGCUGAAAUGAAUGAAAGUGCUGUGUGUAGAUAUAUGUAGGUGGGGGGGGGGUCUUAUGGAGGUGUGAGGUUCUGCAUUGCGGGGUCAGUGCAGACUUCGGUGGGGCAGUGUUAGGAGCAGUUCUCCUCACGCCAGCUACGCGCCUCUCAGCCAAAGCAAAGGCAUUCUCAGUGUAGCUGCGCGCUAUAAUCUUUCCAUCUUAGUAUUGCUUUUAUUUUGAAAUGGGACAGCUUUUACAUUGCAUUGCAUUACAGGUGUCUAGCAGGCAGACGUUACCGUUAUAAAAUAUAUAAAUGAGAAAUGCUGGAAAUCAAGGGCUUGGUGCUCUCAUUUUAAAGCUGGUGCACCUUCCGACUUACCCUGCGCCCCCACUAAUCCAUGGAACCCCCCCCCCCCCCCCACACACAUUCAGGGCUGUCCUGGCCUUGUCCUUCUAUAUCUUGAAUUUAAAAAGGCCACCUUCGCUUUUCAUGGGGAAAUGUUUUAAGAGUUGGACUAUUUAUUAAUUUCUUCCUCUACAAAGGAACUCAACUCUGCUUCACCCUGCCCCUUGUGGAAUUGAGUUUUAUAAGGGGUGGGACGUGGGUUUACUGACGCGGCUGGUAGCCUCGUAACCGGCUUAUUGGACUUAAGGGCUGUGGGCGGGUCCAGCCCCCACUGUAACGAUUUGUGGCCGUAACCAAAGACCCUAACCAAGCGGAGUAAAGUGUGUGAAUGUUGCGAUGAAGUGUUUGGAGUGUGUGGCACGCCUGCUUAAUUCAGUAAUGUUUUCCUUCCUCUGACUUUGGAGAGACCUGGAAAGAGCUUUAAAAUGAAUUUAGGAUGAUUUUAUUUCUCGUGUGUGUGUGAUUGGUGUUUGGGAGACCUGGCUUGGAUUCCGAGGCCCUUCAGGUGUUUUUUAAUUCUUUCCGUUGGGAAAGGAGGACUUUGUACCGACUGACCAUGUACCUGUGAAGGUAUGUACCCUUUUUUCCCAGUCUUGUCACUCGCCUUCUAGCCUGCGUUUUAGGAAAAAGGUGCGAGUGUGUGUGUGUGUGUGUGUGUGUGUGUGUGUGCGCGCACACGCAUACGGCACGUGUGUGCACCUGCAUAUCGAAGUUAUGAAGCAGAACGCUUUCCCUGCGUCCUGUUCCGUUUGGAUGCCGGAAACGCACAUGAAUGCAUCUUAUUUAUUUUAUUUUUUUAAUUUUAAUGCCAAUGCUUAGGUUAUUAUAGCUACCGGAAGUGUGCUAAUUUCACAAAUUUGUGUAAAUGAUGUUUAAUUUGUAUCUUUAUUUUUUUGGGCGAAAUUUUUAUUUAAAUUUAAAUUUUUUGAUUUGUUACAAUUAAAUUUUUUAAGGUUUACCUGUACAUUUACACGAUGAAUGGCUAGCAUGGCUAGAAGGCUAAGGAAAAGACUGAAAAAAAAAUCCCUUGUGUAAAUUCAAACUUCUUGUCAUUCCAAGAUUUGUACAUGUGUAUAUUAUCUGGGUCUUUUACAAGCAAUUGUGACCUUUUCUUGACUGUAUAUUCAGGGGUUGGCUUGCCAAGUUUAGCUUGCUUUUUUAUCUGUGCAGUGUUUUUAGAGAUGCUGUCACAAAGACACUUUAUAGAGACGCUAAAGCGGGAAAACAUGCGGGUGCUUAGAGCUGGCACGAAUGCGAGCUCCAGGAAAUGGCUGAUCAAUGCAGGGCUGCCAGUGCACGACAGAUUAGUCGCCAAAUCCCAUGUCAAACGCAGCCUGCUGUGCUGCGAGCGGAGUCUAGCUGAUUAUCCGCAUGUUCGCCUCGUUUCCGGGUGUUCUAGUCUGAAAAACGAUACGUACCUAGGGCCCUCAGAAGUCGUACGCCGCGCUGUAAUUUGGCACCGCUGUUUGUUGACACCCUGGACGGGUGGACAUUUCAGGUCCAGAGAGCAAUAAAAUAAAAAUAUAAUACGGAUGUAAAAAUAAUAAUAAUAUUAAUAAUAAAAAAAGAUGGACUAUUAAAAGAUGGAAAACCCUGUGCGUGAGUUUGUGUGGGUGGCAGCCUGAAAUCGGGUGUGUGAUUUGGGGCGGGGUGUGUCUCUGAGACCCACCGCUGUCCGGACAUGCCCAGGAGGUGUUCUCAUUGACAUAAUCCAUCGUUUUCAUGCCGAAGGGUUGCGUCUUCCUCUGCCAAUCAAGGAGAAUUGGAUACUUCUGCCACACAUACUCCACUGGUUAUUGCCACCAUUAUCAUUUGUAAAUUUGAUUUAGAAUGGUUUGUACAUGAUACAAGUUCUCUUUUUUAAAAAAACCCUGUGUGUUUGUUUUUUGUUUUUUUUUGUAAAUAAAGAUUUCUCCCCUUAUAAAAUAA